AUGACUGUGAUGAUUGAAAAAUUCUUUCCCUUGGAACGGAUUAAAGUACGAAAGUGUGAUAAGCCUUGGAUGACGUCAUCAAUAAAGUCUGCUAUUGGGAGACGCCAAAAAGCCUUACACGAAAGCGGGAAAAAUUCAGAUAUUUAUAAAUAUUGGCGAAACAGAGUCCAAUCAUGCAUUAAAGUUGCACGAAAGAUCUACUAUAUGAGGUCAGUUGAGAAAUUAAAAAAUUCUAACCCGGCAAGAUGGUGGAAAGAAGUGAAAGCCAUUGGUGGUCUCUCGUCAAAAAAUUCUUGGUAUUCUCAGCUAUUUUCUGAUGAUGUUCGGAAUUGCGAAGAACUGCGAAGAAUAUAAAUUUUUAUGAACCAUCCUCAGAGAUACGAAAAACCAGAAUCUGUUGAAACUUGAUGCUCAAGAAAUAUGUCGAAGUAUACCUCCCUGUUAUCAAACCUACGGUAAAAUAAUCCGACAAUAGCCUACUCAAAGAUAAGUCAAAGACUCGUUUGUGCGUGUAUGUUACAAAUACGAAUACUGUAUAUGUUUGACAUUUAGGACAUUUAGAGAAUGCAGUCCGCAUGAUAAAUUUGAUAAAUAGCUUUAAUUGUGACAUUAGCUUUACUGUAAUGAAAUUACUUUACUGUAAUGAAGUACUUUGUGAAAUAUAAUACUGAAUCAAACUCUAAGACUAUGUAAGUGUUUAUAAUAUAUCUGUGGUUGGUACAUAUGACUAUAUAUGACGUCUGCAUAUGCAUAUCAGAACUGAGUGUGAUAUCAGUGUUUAUGCCGUGGUUUAUGCCGCUGUUUAUUCCGUGGUUUAUGGAAUUAUCUAUGACUAUGUUCAUAUUAUAAAGUGUGUAAAGUGUCCGAAAAAUACUGUUAUAAAUAUUGCUGUUACCCCAUUACUUAGUGCAUGGAGGCCAAAAAAUUAUCAGGCUAAACCCGUGAUUGUAUAUACCACCUGAUGUCUGAUGAUACACGCCCUGAGGCUGAAAAUUGUUGUACUUUACUACCUGCCAACCUCCUACCCUAUUGAUCUACAAGGUUUUUUUAAUAGAUAUGACGAACUAUUUAACUAAAAGUAUUUUCAGAGAUAAACCAUCGACAGUUUUAAAGUGAGCAAUUAGUCUCGGCAGUGGCCACAUGUUUACAUUGUGAUUUGUGACAAAAAGUUACGGUAAUUACAUUUCAAAAUUUUAUCAACCUUCACUAUAAAAUGAGGGUCUUGUCUAGAAGUACACACGAGUGACCAUGAGGGUCUUGUCUAGAAGUACACACGAGUGACCACGAGUGACCACGAAUGACCACGAGUGACCACGAGUGACCACGAAUGACUACGAAUGACCACGAGUGACCACCAAUGAUUUCUGUGUUUAAAAGUCAUAAAAUAAUAAUAAAAAACUAUUUUAAGGUGGCUCCAUAGGGUUUUUGCAUUAUACUACACUUUUGUAUCCAGAAAACUCCUGUUUCCUCCGCUUUACAUGACACGAAGACGAAAUUUAUUGGACACAUUGACAAUGCUCUCCUGAACAUUGCAAUUUACUACUUUUGCCCUGAAAGUCCGUUACCAUGGUGACAGCGUGCUUUGGAUAAUUAAGCUCAAAAUAUGUCUUUUUCCGGCCGUUUUAAAAAUUUACUGAAAAAUUUGCAUAAAAGAUCUUUCUCGUUUAAUGAUUUUUUUCUUCAAUUUUAAAAAUGGAUCGUUUCUUAGAUUAUUCCCUUCAAUAAAAUUUUAAGAAAAAAAAGAUAUUGAGCUUGUUUAGCCGAUAUUAAGAAAUGUGCAAAGUUUUAAAACAAUUUACCGAAGGAAAAGGGAGAAAUUUAGGUUUAACAGAUUUUGGCAUUUUUUGCGAGAUGUGACGUGUAACCACCCCAACUGUGAAACUCAGACAAAAAUCAGGUAAAAUUCCAGUUAAAAUUUUGAUAUUUUCAGGUAAAAUUUGCGUAAUAAAGUAAUUAUUUGUGUGAAAUGAUAACCAUUUUUGUAAAAUAUACAGUCAAUUUACAUCCAAUUUGUUUGCGAAUUUGCUUUAGAAAACGCCAGAAUUGCAGUCCUAGAGCUUCAAAAAUGGAACAAUUUUCUGGGGGAGGACCCCCAAAGCCCCGUUUUCUCCCGAAACUUAGUAUGACAGUGCAAGUCAAUCACAAGAAGCUUUAUUAUAAUUAUUACACUUUAGGUAAAUAUUUAUUAAAAAUUCAAAUUUCAAGUAAAAUUGUCCGGCAACACCCCCCCCAACUUCAGAUGCUUUGCUAUGUUCCUGUAGACUGACGUGUACAAUAGUCGAAAAACUAAAAAAAAUUUCCCGAAGGGACUUUUAAAAUGGCCGAAAAAAGACAAAUUUUGAGCCUUAUCCUAAGCACGCUCUUGCCAUGGCAACGGACUUUCGGCACAAAAGUAGCACAUUGCAAUGUUCAGGAGAGCAUUGUGAUUGUGUCAAAUAAAUUUCGUCUUCAUGUUAUGUAAAGUGAAGAAACAGGCGUUUUCUGGAUACUAUAGCGCAGUAUAAUGCAAAAACCUUAGGGAGCCACCUUAAAAUAGUUUUUUAUUAUUGUUUUAUGACUUUUAAACACAGAAAUCACUCGUGGAUAUUCGUAGUCAUUCGUGGUCAUUCGUGGUCAUUCGUGGUCACUUUUGGUCAAUCGUGGUCAUUCGUGGUCACUCGUGUGUACUUUUAGACAAGAUCCAUUGAAAGCAAAUAGAGCUACAGUAAAUACCACCGAUUAUAUCAAGCACAUUUUUUUCAAAAUGUGUUUCGGAAAUUUUUGCAUUUUCGUCUCCUCUCAUGCAUGUUGACAGCAAUUUUUGGAAAUAUUCAAGGGAAGACAAUUUCACGAACGUUGGCGGGGGGAUUUUUUUAUCCCAUGAUACGUAUUGGUAAAGUUUGUUUCAGGUUUGCCUUUUAAAGUCAAAUGGAAAAUAUCAUGCCCAGAGCACAGCGUAAUUCUGUAAUCUUAUACGUGCAGAGUUUUGACAUCACACACUAUGUAAACGUAAACAAAUAUUAUAUGUACAGACUCCACUAUAAAUAUAAUACUUUCAUAAUAAAUUACGGCCAAGAAGUAUUACGCGCGGACCAUAUAUUUAGAAGUCUUACGGACCACAUUUAGAUGUCUUACGGACCACAUUUAGAAGUCUUACGGACCGCAUUUACAAGUCUUACGGACCAAAUUUAUAAGUCUUACGGACCACAUUUAGAAGCCUUACGGACCGCAUUUAGAAGUCUUGCGGACCGCAUUUAGAAGUCUUACGGACCGCAUUUAGAAGUCUUACGGACCGCAUUUAGAAGUCAUACGGGCGAGGUCUAACGUUUCCGGGAAAUGUUUUCAAGUAUUACGGGGAUAUUUCUAAGUAUUGCGAACAGUCAGUACAGUAGCCGAUUUACACGCGAAGCAUGAUGUUUUAUACGCGUGUAUUCAAGCAUUGCAAGAAUGCAGAUAAGAUGUACGCGCGAGAGAAGUUUUACGUAUAUAAUCCUAAAGUAAUUUUGUCCAGUAUAUAUGGCGUUCCAUAUUAUGGCGAUUUAUGAGCUUUGAAAGUCAAGCGAGUUCGUGUAUUAUCAAAUUACGCAAUUGUCUGAACAAAAAUAUAAACUAGCCAUACCUUUCGCCUAACACAACUUCGGCCCCUUCAGACGUAGCUUUGUAAUAGGCUUGUUCCAAUCGCUAUCAAAAACACGACUUAGAGUGUCAUUUACGAGCCUGUAUCUUUAAAUCUGCACUUUUAUCACGGUAUUACAUCUUCAAGCAACAAAUGUUGGAUUGAUAUUCGUUGUUCAUUCUUCAAGACGAAGCGAUUUCCGAUUCCAGAUAAAGAUUAAAGAAUUCAACGCUUAAUUCUCAAUUAAUACAUUCGUUAUCUUUUGGUUAGUGUAUGCCAUCACUUGAUAUAUCGGUAUCAAUUACAAAAAUAGGUACGCUAAGCGUACAUGUAUCUGCUUAUGGUGAUUGCACUUUUGCCAAGGCUUCAAUCAACACUCAGUAGCUUGUAAAAAAAUUUAAGGGACUGAUGUUUAACAGUUGACCAGUUAAAUAAAGUUAGAUUUAUAGUAUGUCAGAUGAAAGAAAAAUAAAAUGGCUGAUAUAUAUUCAACUUGCAGAAACUAAUUCCGUCCAUAACGUCACAAAGAUGAUAUUCAAUUUUAUGAUGUUCUUGUUGAAUCAUCUUAAUUUUAUAAUGUUCUUGCAGGGAUGGAUCCAGCAUGAUCUGAUAGGGGGGGGUACUCUGUCCGCUCUGGUGCCGAGUUGUGUCGGUCAUGUGUGCCACCCACCCAUCAACUUGCUUCACUAUUGCAAAGUCUUGCUUGACUACAGUAUUUGAAUUGUAAUUGUUGUUCACAGUUUGCCUAUCAUCAUAUUAUUACUCAAAUUUCUGUAUCUCAUUUUGUUCCUAAUAAUUUUUGUUUAUCACGAAAAAUAGGACCCCCCUCCUGCACCCCCUCUGGCCAGGGCUAGGGGGGUGCAACCCCCCCCCCCCAAGUAAAUCCAUCUCUGUGUUCUUGUUAAAACAUUUCGGGUUCCAAAUCUUCUUGAUAGUUCAUAAUAAACUUUAGCAGGCAUGCGAGAACAUGGUAGAUGCAUAGAAGUUGUCAGGAUAACAGGUGGUGCCAAUAUACAUUGUUGUUCAUUGUUGAUUAAUUGAUUCAUUGACAUUAUUGGCACUCCCCUGAAGGGGCUUUUCAGCGACAAAAAUUACAAACACAUAAACUUACUGUAUUAUUACUACAUUAGUCCUAAUUAAUUUUAUUGAAACAGAUUACUAGCAAACAAGGAAAAUUUCACAAUAACUGCGACAGUGACAUCAACAUCAACAUCAACAACAACAACAACAACAACAACAACAACAACAACAACAACAACAACAACAACAACAACAACAACAACAACAACAACAACAACAGCGACAGCGACAGCGACAGCGACAGCGACAGCGACAGCGACAGCGACAGCGACAGCGACAGCGACAGCGACAGCGACAGCGACAACGACAACGACAACGACAACGACAACGACAACGACAACGACAACGACAACGACAACGACAACGACAACGACAACGACAACGACAACGACAACAGCGAUGAUAACACACCAACAGUAGCAUCGACAACGCUUAUUGAUCAACUACUGAAAAACAAGUACUUAAUAGCUAUCCAGGAAUUGCUGGAGAAGUUUAUGUCUUAG